AUGGCAUUCAACGCGUCGGUCACCUCCGACCUGCCGCCUCUUCCGACAUACACCCUGUCUGUCCGCCCACCACUUGUCUCGCCCAUUCCUGACAACAUUCUAUCCUUAAUCUUGCCCAUUAUUGCCUACUGGGGCCUGUCCAUGGUUUACCACUUCCUCGACGUCAACAACUAUUUCGAGCAAUACCGUCUUCAUACUCCGGCUGAGCUGGCCAAACGGAAUCGUGUGACCCGAUGGGAGGUGGUUCGCGAUGUCGUUCUGCAGCAGGUUGUCCAAACCUUGGCUGGAAUGGUCUUGGGUUACUUCGAUCCCGUUGAAACUGUUGGCAAAGAGGAGUAUGAUGUUGCAGUGUGGGCACAGCGGCUGCGUACUGCACAGAGAGCUAUCCCACCCGCGCUCGCUCUGGUGGGCUUGGACGCUGCAGGGUUGGCCAAGUCUGCAUCCCAGAACGGGCAUAAUAUACUAGCCGGCGCCUUGGCCGGAGGCUCCUACCCCAGUAUAGUGCAGUCAUUGAUUCUCGAGAGUGGAGACACCAUCACUGCGCCAGCCUUUGCCAGCUGGGAACUGACCGUGGCGAGCUUCAUCUACUGGUACCUGAUCCCUGCUUUCCAGUUCGGACUCGCCAUCUCUAUAGUCGAUACCUGGCAAUAUUUCUGGCACCGUGCUAUGCACCUGAACCGGUGGCUCUACGUAACCUUCCACUCUCGCCACCACCGUCUGUACGUCCCCUACGCCUUCGGUGCGCUGUACAAUCAUCCCGUCGAAGGGUUUCUUCUGGAUACAGCUGGUACCGGUGUUGGAUUUUUGUUGUCGGGCAUGACCAACCGACAAGCCAUGUGGUUUUUCACCAUCUCCACUAUCAAGACUGUUGACGAUCACUGUGGCUACGCGUUUCCUUGGGACCCCCUUCAGCAUUUCACCUCGAACAACGCGGCGUACCACGACAUUCAUCACCAGAGCUGGGGCAUCAAAACCAAUUUCUCGCAGCCCUUCUUCAUCUUCUGGGAUCGUCUCCUCGAUACUCAGUGGCAGGGCGAAACUAAGCUUCGCUACGAACGAGGCCGGGAGUCUGCCCAAAAGCAAGUGGAUAUGGAUGUCUCUCAAAACGAGGAACCGGAGCAUGAGACCGUAGUUUCUGUGGAAGGGCCGGCCACACGAACUCGAUUACGCCGGAAGACCGUGGACAGCCUGAAAGGCCCCAGCCAUGGUGUUCCGGGCAGUGUCUUGCAUAAUUGA